AUGGCCUCUACUCACGGUCCCGGGAGCCUCGAUCGCCUGCCAGAUGAGCUCCUCCUUGACAUCAUAGAGCAGCCGUGUCUGUCUGUUCGCGAUCUCGUCUCGCUGGCACGUACUAGCCGCCGCAACCACCGUGUUGCCAUCUCUGCUGCAUACGAAUCACACGUUAGGGAUGAGUGUGGAUUGGCUAUCUACUGGGCUAUCCGACAUGGACAAUACGGAACACUCGAACGGCUUAUUGACAAUGGCGUCGAUGUGGACAUGCUAGAUGAUGAGGAAGGUAAACCCGUCAGCAUCGAAAAUACCUUCUUUGACAAAUGUCCCAAUCAUUAUUACUGGCCAAAUGUUGUCCAGUCUUACGGAGCUCGUUACUCACCGCUUGCACUGGCCGCAUACUGCGGACAGGACUCUAUGGUGGAACUCCUGCUGGACAACGGAGCAGAUACCGAGCUGGAUUCAGCACACCUGUGCGACUGCUGCAACUUGCUGGUCCGCUGCGCCGCGAGCCUCCCCGACCGCCCGGAGUUCUGGGAGGACAGCGACAGGGGCGAAGGCGGAGGCUACCCCGCGUGGGAAGAGUAUACACACGACUCAUGGUGGACACCGCUGCACUACGCGAUAUGCCAGAAGCACGUCUCGACCGCAAAGCUGCUGCUUGAGCGAGGUGCCAGUGCUGGCUACGUAGGGUGCUCAAAGGUGAGCGCCCUCCACGUCGCGACACGGCGGGGGGUGCGAGAGGUGAUCGACUACCUGCUGGAGAAGAACCUUGUCGACAUCGACUCUCAGAGUAAGGACGGUGUCACAGCUCUGCACCUGGCCUAUAUUGGUGGCAACUACGAUCUGGUGGACAACUUCCUGGAAGGACACGGCGCAGACAUCAACCUGGUGUACACUGGUGAGACGGGCCCGUGGAACAUCUUCGCAAUGGCGUGUGCAGAUGGACAUUUCGACCGCGCUUUGCAGUACCUGCGGAAGGGCGCUGACCCGAGCUUUGUGAUCAAGGGGGAGGACGACCAGGGCGCAUGGACGGUGAUGAGGUUCAUCUACGGGUCCCCAAACAACGAAUGCCCGAGCCCGCUUCGUGAUGAUGAUGUAAGGAUCGAGCUGGAGCAGGAGAUUAUCGCCGGUGACAGGGAGGAAACACCUUCAGACACGUGA